AUGAAAAACCCUAGCUUUGACUGGGAAAGAUUGAAAGAUGUAUUUUAUAGAAGCAGAGCCAUUGGCGAAUUAAAAUGGCCAACUCAGUACGAGGACUUCAAAUGUGCCUUGUCAUUAACCGUCAUUGCUGUAGAAAUUCAAGACUUUAUACAAGUAUACAAUUAUUUUGGGCAACUGUUAGGUAAGAUCAAUUUGCAGAGAAUUCAUGAAGAUAUAAUAAAGUUUGAGUUCGAUAAAGAUGAGAAGCUGACACUGGUUACGAAAAACUGCGUCAAAAUUGUAAAAAGUUGGUCCCCAUUGACGAUAGAAAGUAUCCCGUUGCAAGACUCAAUCAUUGAUACUAUCUGGGACUACCAUAAUGGAAUCAUGUUGCUAACAAAAUCUCGUGAUAUAUACAAGUUAAACGGAAAUGAAUGGGAACUCCUUUAUGAAAACAAAGAUAAAAAAUACAACCUAUUAACAAAAAAUCACUGGAGUUGCAAUGACGACACCAUCAUUUUACUGGAUGUUGACCAUGUGUAUCAAGUGAGUACCUCAAAUGGGGCACUAUUGAAGUUAAUCGCAGAUUCAUCGUGGCACAAGGUAAAGAUCUCAUCUAAAGGGUUUAUUUGCCUUUACAAUAUGAAGUACAAUAAACUGCAAAUAUUCAAAGAUCCAGUAAGAAUACUAAUGGAGCACAACUUGGAUUCUACACCAGAUGAUAUAUGCUGGUGUGGCAACGAUACCGUUGCGUGUUCUUUCGAGGACGAAAUCAAAUUAUACGGGCCGGAUGGUUUGUAUGUAACAUUUUGGUAUCCUUUUACUGUAACCAACCUGAGGGCAGAGGUUGACGGCCUGAAGGUUAUUACGACAGAAAAGAUUUACUUUUUAUCAAGAGUACAGCCUCAGACUUCUAAUAUCUUUAGAAUUGGAUCAACUGAGCCAGGUGCAAUGCUUGUUGACUCAUUUAGUUUACUGGAGGAUCACGCACCCAAAGCAAUUGAAAUAUUGAAGAAUUUUGUCCUGGAGAAGGGUGUUCUGGACUGUAUUGCUGCUGCGAUAGAUGAAUUCGAACCCAAACUACAAAAAAUGUUAUUGAACGCAGCAUCGUAUGGGAAGGCUUCUUUGCAGUAUAAGUCUUUUGAUGCAAGUAUAUUCGUAGAUGCCUGCAAUACGAUAAAAUUAUUAAACUGCUUUAGAAGUUUUGGUAUUUUUUUGACAGUGGAGGAGUACAAGGGUAUCACCUUGAAAGGUGUUCUUGAUAGGCUGUUGACAUAUCACAGAUAUUACGAAUGUAUACAGAUAUGCAAAUUGGCUAAUGAACAGUUUCUUUUGGGAUACGUGUUUACUGAGUGGGCAAAGGCUAAAAUUAAGGGCAGCCCUGACAUAGAAGAUGACGAAUUGCUCGAGAUAUUCAAAUCUCGCCUAAGUGUUAUAGAUGUGACGGGUACAGUGCAAAUGGUUGCUAUUGCGAAUGUUGCAUAUCUAGAAGGAAGAUUCCAGUUAUCUCGGGAUUUAGCUUUGUUAGAGAAGGACGAAGAAGCUAAAAUUGAGCAACUGUAUAAUCUUGAUGAUGAUAGUAUAGCACUAAAGGAGUGUAUUAAAGUGCAGAAUUCUAGCUUAACAAUUUCAUUGCUCAUUGCACUCUCUAAAAAGCUAACAAAUUCCCAACUGACGAAGCUUUUGAUCAUUGAUAUGUUCAACAACCCCUUGUACCUCUACUACAUGAGGAUGGAUAAAGCCUACUUGUACGAUUUUUACCGCCAAACGGACCGAUUUAUUGACUUGGCUCACGUAUUACUGCAGCAGGGAAAAGAACAGCAAUCUUUGCACAGCUUUUUACCGCAAAUUAAAGACCUCUAUAGCAAAGCACAAAACAGUGAAUCGGCCAGUAAUGUCGUAGAACAACUUCAAAGACAAGAAAAAUUGUGGGUAUACCAGGAAUCAUUAGGCAAAAGAUUCGGUAUCUCAUUCACUAAUAUGACUCUAGAUCAAACGCUUUCAAAGUUAAUCGAAACAGGACAAGACAAACAAGUGAAAGAAAUAGUUAAAAAGUUCAAAAUAAACGAAAGAAAGCUGUAUCACUUAAAAUGUAGAACAUUAGUUCAAGCCAAGAGGUUCGACGAACUACUACAGUUUGCUCGGUCAAGGAAAUCACCAAUUGGUUAUAUGCCAUUCUACACAUACUUAAAAAGCAGAGGACAUAUAAAUAAAGCUACCCCUUAUGUUAAUAUGAUACCUGGCCUUUCUUACCAGGAAAAGAAAAAGCUUUAUAUGGACUGUAAGAGCUUUCGUGAUGCAAUUCAACUAGCAGGAAAGGAAAAAGACAUUCCGGGCCUAAAGGAGAUAUAUAAUAUUAUACCUUCCAAUGAACCAGAAUUAAAAGCACUUGCGAAUGAAACGAUGAGCAAAAUAUAG